CAGGUGGCGCGUGAGCGAGCUCGAGAUUGACAACAUAAGCGCGUGCGCUCAUCCAGUCUCCAGUUCAACAGCGCGACUCGCGCAAGACGAGCUCGAACCCGGGAAUAUGCUUCAAAUGUCAGCGGAAUACAGUAAUAUAAGAGUUGUUUCUUAAAAAAGAGUUGCACCCUACAAAUCGACAGAACUUCCCUGGGAUUGUGACAGAUUUGGCCUGCUGUCCCUUGUUUACUGACACAAACAUCAUCAUCAAUGAGGACAUUAGGAAUGGCUGUGUUCAAGCAACAAAAAGUGGAGGAUUUCUACGAUAUUGGUGAAGAUCUUGGAAGUGGGCAGUUUGCUAUUGUGAAGCGCUGUAAGGAGAAGAGUACUGGUGUGGACUACGCUGCAAAGUUCAUAAAAAAGCGUCAGAGUCGGGCUAGCCGGAGAGGUGUUCGGCGAGAGGAUAUCGAGAGAGAAGUGGACAUCCUCCAGGAUCUCCAACACCCCAACAUCAUCUCGCUGCAUGACGUUUACGAGAACCGCACUGACGUGGUGCUCAUCCUGGAGCUUGUUUCAGGAGGUGAGCUCUUCGACUUCCUGGCUCAGAAGGAGUCGCUGAGUGAAGAGGAAGCCACAGAAUUCAUCAAACAGAUUCUCAAUGGAGUUCAGUACCUGCACUCCAAGAAAAUUUCACAUUUUGACCUGAAGCCUGAGAACAUCAUGCUGCUGGAUAACAACAUCCAACUGCCACGGAUCAAGCUUAUCGACUUCGGUUUGGCGCAUAGGAUCAAAGACGGAGUAGAGUUCAAAAACAUUUUUGGGACUCCAGAAUUUGUUGCUCCAGAGAUAGUCAACUAUGAGCAGCUGGGAUUAGAGGCCGACAUGUGGACCAUCGGAGUCAUCACAUACAUCCUAUUAAGCGGGGCUUCGCCAUUCCUGGGCGACUCCAAACAGGAAACUCUUGCAAACAUAUCAGCUGUUAACUUUGAAUUUGAUGAGGAGUUCUUCGGGAACACAAGUGAACUGGCCAAAAGCUUCAUCAAAGAGCUGCUGGUGAAAGAUACAAGAAAGAGGCUUAAGAUACAAGAUGCACUCAACCACCCCUGGAUUAAGCCCAUAAACCCGCGACAAGCCCUGGUACGACGACAAUCUGUGGUGAACAUUGAGAACUUCAGGAGACAAUAUGUUCGGAGGAGGUGGCAGCUUUCUUUCAGAAUCGUGGCCCUCUGCAACCACUUGACACGCAUGAUGAAGAAAGGUCACCCCAAACCACAGGACAAACCCAAGAUGGGCUACGUAGGGCGCACGGUGGCCAUGUUCGAAAGAGAGUGUGAGAGCGAUCAAGAGGAGGAGAUGAUGCAGAGGAAACCCCGAACUAGGAAGAGGAGUAGCACCUCCUGAAACUCCUUGCUGCUCCUACGACCGACGACAAUACAAGCGUCUCAGCCGCACUCAGGUUUUGAGGUGAACCGGCAGCGCGUGUGCCUUUUCCAAAUGCACACAGGUUGGAUUGUUUUUAGAAAGGGUUUGUAUUGGGUUUGUUUGACUUCAUAGAGAUUUGUCACCACAUCUAUAAACAUGAUGCAACAAGAGCAGUUGUGGCAAAUAUAGAAUGUUCAUGUUUUGAAGCCGUGUAUAAAUGUAUUAAUGUACAUAAUGGGAUAGGGAAGACUUUACUGGAUGUAUUACAAGUUUGAAUGUAAAGUUUACUUGUACAAUGUCAAAAUACAUAUUAGAGAUGUUUAACGUCACACAUGCCACUUUGCCUUGAGCCUUGUCUGUCUUAAUAUGUGCCACAACAUUUCUGCAUUCCUUUAUUGAACGUCAUUUCAAUGGUGCAUGAUUGAUAUAGCCAACUUCAUUUAUUCUGUAUGAAAUUUGUUGAUUUUAUGUGUUAUUUUUGAUCAUUUUAC